CGCUACAAUACUAUCUUCGGCAUAAAUUACAUGCGUGUAAGCAUACACUACAUUUGCGAAAAAUGGCAGCUGACGAAUAGAAAAAAGUGGAUCUUCAGUCGAAAAAAAGACGGCACUUAUUUUCGCAGACAAACUGGGUGAUCAUCCCGCACGCCGUUUAUCGUCAUCCUCAUCCGUCAACAUGGGAAAGACUCCACUAAAAGACCAGAAAGAUGGCAAAAAAGAGAAACUGGGAAAGCCGCUCCCACUGCCAGGUACGACCCCUGCAGCAACUAAAGAUGCGUUCAGCUGGGAAGAAUACCUGAAGGAAACCUCGUCCACACCGGCGCCAGCAGGCUGCUUUCGUCAGGCUAGAGUCCCUCCCUCCAACGACUUCAAAGUGGGCAUGAAGCUCGAGGCUCACGACCCUCGCAAUUCCACCUCGGUUUGUAUCGCCACGGUGAUGGGCUUAACCGGGGUUCGUCUCCGUCUCCGCCUGGACGGCAGCGACAACAGCAACGACUUCUGGAGGCUGGUGGACUCGUCCGACAUCCAGCCUAUCGGCACCUGCGAAAAGAACGGAGACAUGCUGCAGCCGCCGCUGGGAUUUCGUAUGAAUGCCUCCUCCUGGCCCAUGUUCCUGUUGAGAACCCUGAACGGAGCAGAGAUGGCACCAGUGACAGCCUUCAAAACGGAACCUCUGAGACCUCCUCAAAACGGCUUCAAGCCAGGCAUGAAGCUGGAGGCGGUGGACAAGAAGAACCCGUACCUCAUCUGCCCCGCCACUAUCGGAGAAGUGAGAGGCGACGAGGUGUUUAUCAUGUUCGACGGCUGGAGGGGGGCCUUUGAUUACUGGUGCAAGUACGACUCCAGGGACAUCUUCCCCGUGGGCUGGUGCUCCCUCACCAAGCACAGCCUCCAGCCACCAGGCAACAGUGUUACUCUUCCGAAGAACCUGCAGAUCCUGCCGUCGUCUCCCUCCAAACCCAGCAGGCGCUCCAUGCAGUUGCCCUACAGAUACCCCACUCUGCCCGCGCUGCCCGUGAGGAAGGGGGUGAGAGGCCGUCGGCCCAAGAGCGAGACGCUCGCUCUGCUCAAAGCCGUGGCGGAGGCCGCGGCUUCCCACAACGGAGCCGUUCCCGACGACACGCCGCUGGUGCCCCGGGUUCACAAGAAAAGAGGACCCAAAUCAGGAAGUAAGCGAAAGUCCAAGCUUCUGCAGAACCCGACGCAGCUGCCAAGCAUCCAGGUUCCACAAGAAAACCCUCCCUGCCUCAACUCGGUGGUUUCAACAGUGUGCGUGUACGUGAAUAAGCACGGGAACUGCGGCCCCCACUUGGACAGGAAGCAGAUGCAGCGCCUUCCGGACCACUUUGGGCCGGGGCCAGUGAACGCCGUGCUCCAACAAGUGGUCCAGUCAUGUAUAGACUGCGCCUACCAGCCAAAAGUCCUCCUCAGCGCUCUGCAGAGUGACUCGGGGGGAGGCGAAGCUGUCAAAGUGAGAACAGACGGCGGUGUCCGUGUGAUCAAACUGCCGUCCGCCUCCAGUGCUUCCUUCGUGUUACGCUUCCUAGAGAGCAUGUGCCGUCACCUUCAGUGUGACAACCUGUUCAGCAGCCAGCCGUUCAGCCACUACACCGCCUACGACAGGAACAAGUCUGUGAAAGAAGAGGCGCUUGAUGUUCCCUCUCUGGCCCGGGGUGGUAAACGCAGCCUCUCGGGGGUCUCUCCUCCGUAUGCCGCCCCUCUCUCCCCCAAACAUUUACGAGCCGAGGCUCACCCAUCUGAAGCAGAGACUCUGCCGCACGAAGAGAACGGCCACAUCAAGGAGCAGCGAUACAUGGACUCGGCUUCCAACUCCAUGACCCCACGACCCCAAAUGGCGCGGAGCUCCUCCGAGUACCACCCUCAGGCCAGCAGCCUCUACCAUCACAGCGGCAGCGCCGCGAUGCGCCGCCACUCAUCUAACUCGGCAGAGCUCAGCUCGACGCAGCCUCUCAGACGAGUCGAAGCAGCUAGCUCCACCACCGGUUCCGAAUCGAUGGAUCGAGAGAAUGUGCAGCUGCCCAGUAAAAACCCUUCCUCCUGGUCCAUUGAGGAGGUGAUGCAGUUCGUCCGGGACGCCGAUCCCACGGCGUUGGCGCCUCACGCAGAACUAUUCAGAAAACAUGAGAUCGACGGAAAGGCCUUGAUGCUUCUACGGAGCGACAUGAUCAUGAAGUACAUGGGUCUGAAACUGGGGCCGGCUCUGAAGCUCUGCCACCACAUAGAGCGGCUGAAACAAGGCAAACUGUAAACAGAGGAGCCGUGAUUCUCUAUCAGACCUGUGAGCAAUAAGCCCAGAAAGAGCCAGCGACUCAUGGGGCCACGCAGGGGUUACAUGUUACACUAGACUCCUUCUGGAGGAGAGGGGGCACUUUUCGAUGUUACGACUUCAACGCGACUUCCAGAGCAGGGGGGCGGAGGGAAGGAAAAAAAAGAAGUGCGCCGUGCAUCGCUGACGCAUUACCUCAUCCCCCCCUCAUCAGCGAAUAAAAAGCUGUUCAAGUCUAAUAAACAAACUCUGACUUCUAAGAAAUCCCAAAGCAAGAAUGAUCCCUGUAGUGUUUACGUUGCAUCACACACAUUCACACAAGGACGACUUUUUUUUCCCCCUUUUUUUUUAAUGGAGCUGAAAUGUUUUGAUCCUGAUUUUUGGAUCCCCAAAGAUGGAGAAUGUUUUUAUUAUUAUUAUUAUUAUUAUUAUUAUUAUUAUUAUUAUUACUGUCGAAUUUCUACCUAAUGAGAAAGGAUUCGUAUACUGA